GACUACAAGUUCCCGCGAAUUUUGUUUUUAUUKUGGAAACGAAGGGCUUUCUUGCACGGAAAAUGGUAUUUUCUUAGAUGUUUUAUUGACGAUAAAGACUCGUAAAUGCGGUCAUGAGYAAGAAGAAGGAUUCUGAUGCUGAAGAGGCAGUCUUGUCGUACUUGAACAAAAAUAAUAGACCAUAUAGCGCAGUUGAUAUAUUCACUAACUUGCACAAAGAAUAUGGGAAAACAGCAGUACAAAGAAGUCUAGAAAAUCUGUCAAGUCAACAAAAAAUACAUGAAAAGAUAUAUGGAAAGCAAAAGGUGUAUGCUCCUCUCCAGGAUAAAUUUGGUGAUUAUGAUGAGGAAAAGGUCAAACAGCUUGAUACCCAAAUCACAGAACUACAAACAAAGUUGAAGACUUUACAAGAAACAUUCAAGUCAAAUGAAGCUGAGCUGAAAAGGCUGAAUAGUAGUUUGACAACAGAAGAAGCGACAGCCAGACUGAAGGAGUUCAAUUCUAAAUGUGAAGUGUAUGAGAAAAGACUUAGUAAAAUCAAAAGUGCUGACAAUCAUGUUACUCCAGAGAUCAAGGACAAGAUCUAUAAAAACCACAAGACUGCAGUUGAUUUUUGGAGAAAGAGAAAAAGAAUGUGUACAGACAUUGUAAACUCAAUACUAGAGAACUACCCAAAGUCCAAGAAACAACUUAUGGAGGAUAUUGGUCUUGAAACAGAUGAGGAAUACAAUGCUGUGUUGCCAAAGAAAUAGUUGAAGCCAGUGGUGUUAAAAAAUUGCAAAUUACAUGUUUGUUUUUUUUGUUUUUGGUUUUUUGACAAGGCCUUUAUGUGUAGCUUUGCUAUCUUGUAUUGUCAAAAAAGUUGUAUCAAAGCAUUUAUAAAUGUAACGAUGAUUUCAAAAUAAAACAGCCAUUAUGAAAAUCA